AUGGAAAGAGAAGUUCAUGGAGGCAUACAAUUAUCACAAAUUGAGACCGAAAGAUUAUUGAUGUAUUUGGUUGCAGAGGAACUGAAAGUUAGAAAAGCUGAAUCCAAAUACAAGGGUGCAUUUUCAUUUAUUUUACUAUUCCUUCGGAUAUCAAAGUAGAUGUACCUUCCCUUAAAAAUUAUGAGAAGUAUAUGGUUAUUUGGCAGUCUUAAGCAUCUAAAGAGGAUUAACUAGUUAUUACGUUUAAGCAAGGGGUAUUGCCGGCCCAAUUGGAAGAUGGCAUUUUAUCUUAACUCCAUAUUAGUAAUGUGCCUAUGGAGGCAUAACCAGUUAUUGCUAAUUAUGAGUUGGAUUUAAAAUAGUAAUUUUUCAAACACUUCAGUUAGAAUUUCUAAGAAUUGGUAUUUGAAAGAUCACUAUGAAAAUCCAGGUCUAAUUCAAUUUUAUAGCUCAAUGGCUCGUAGACCCACUUUUACAAUAGAUUUGAGUUAUGAGUGUUAUGUCGAUUAAAUUGAGGAGAUUGAGCGUUUAGUGGAAAUUAUAUCAGAAAAUGUAGAGCUUAUUUGCUUGAUUUGGCAAUUGCUGAAUUGA